AUGGCCACCUCGCAUGCUCCCGUGGAGCCUCCCAAGAGACGCCGCAUUGGUGUGCUCACUUCUGGAGGAGAUGCACCGGGUAUGAACGGUGCUGUUCGCGCCGUCGUCCGGAUGGCUAUCCACUGUGGCUGCGAGGCCUACGCCGUCCAUGAAGGAUACGAGGGUCUUGUGCAGGGUGGUAGCUUGAUCCGCCAGAUGCACUGGGAGGAUGUCCGUGGCUGGCUCUCGCGAGGAGGUACUCUGAUCGGUUCUGCCCGUAGUGCCAGCUUCCGGGAACGUCCAGGCCGUCUCCAGGCGGCUAAGAACAUGGUCCUCCGUGGCAUUGACGCACUGGUUGUCUGUGGUGGUGACGGCAGUUUGACCGGCGCAGAUGUUUUCAGAUCAGAAUGGCCGGGCCUGCUUCGCGAAUUGGUCGACAAGGGCGAAUUGACGGACGCUCAGAUCAAACCCUACCAGGUUCUAAACAUUGUUGGACUAGUGGGAUCUAUUGACAACGACAUGUCCUCCACAGAUGCCACCAUCGGCUGCUACUCAUCUCUGACACGGAUCGUCGACGCAGUCGACGAUAUCUUCGACACUGCUUCAUCGCACCAGCGCGGUUUCGUGAUCGAGGUUAUGGGUAGACACUGCGGUUGGCUGGCAUUGAUGGCGGCCAUCAGUACGGGUGCGGAUUGGGUCUUCAUUCCUGAGAUGCCUCCACACGAUGGCUGGGAGGAUGACAUGUGCGCGACGAUUACCAAGAACCGCAAAGAGCGAGGAAAGAGACGAACAAUCGUGAUCGUGGCCGAAGGAGCGCAGGACCUGCAUCUGAACAAAAUCAGCUCCGAUCACAUCAAGGACAUUCUCAGCAAGAGGCUUGGUCUUGAUACCCGUGUCACUAUUCUUGGUCACACUCAGAGAGGAGGCCCCGCCUGCGCUUAUGACCGAUGGCUCUCAACGCUCCAGGGUGUGGAGGCUGUCAAGGCCGUUCUAGACACCACUCCGACGUCGCCAUCUCCUGUAAUUACAAUCAGAGAGAACAAGAUCGAGAGGACUCCUCUCAUGGAGGCCGUCAAAUUAACAAAGAAAGUUAGUGCACUCAUCGAGUCGAAGGAGUUCUCGAAGGCCAUGGACCUGCGCGACGCCGAAUUCCGAGAGUACCACCAUGCCUACAUCAACACCGCGACCCCGGACCACCCUAGGAUGAUGCUUCCCGACGACAAGAAAAUGCGCAUUGCUAUUAUCCACGUCGGUGCCCCGGCUGGUGGUAUGAACCCAGCAACCCGUGCUGCCGUCGCCUACUGUUUGACGAGAGGACAUACCCCCCUUGCUAUUCACAACGGUUUCCCUGGUCUAUGCCGACACCAUGCGGACAAGCCUAUCAGCUCGGUCCGCGAAGUUCAGUGGCUCGAGUCAGACAACUGGGUUAAUGUGGGUGGUUCGGAAAUUGGAACCAACCGUGGCCUGCCGGCGGAGAAUAUGGAGACUACCGCCAGCUGCUUCGAAAAGUACAAGUUUGACGCUCUCUUCAUCAUCGGUGGUUUCGAGGCUUUCACUGCCGCUAGCCAGUUGCGCCAGGCCCGUGAGCAGUACCCUGUGUUUAAGAUCCCCAUUAUGGUGUUGCCCGCCACCAUCUCCAACAACGUUCCCGGUACGGAAUAUUCCCUGGGCAGCGACACUUGUCUGAACACCCUUGUCACCUUCUGUGAUACUAUCAGACAGUCUGCGUCCUCCACCCGUCGCCGUGUAUUUGUCGUGGAGACACAGGGUGGCCAGUCCGGCUACGUCGCCACUACCGCAGGUCUCGCAGUUGGAGCCGUUGCCUCCUACAUCCCUGAGGAGGGUAUCGACCUCAAGAUGCUCUUGCGGGACAUUACAUUCCUUCGUCAUAACUUCUCCCAUGACAAGGGCGCCAAUCGCGCAGGAAAGAUCAUCCUGCGCAAUGAGUGCGCCUCCAAGACCUAUACCACGCAGUUCGUCGCCGACAUGAUCGCUGAAGAGGCCAAGGGUCGCUUCGAAUCUCGCGCUGCGGUUCCCGGACACUUCCAGCAAGGUGGUAACCCCUCUCCUAUGGAUCGUGUGCGUGCUCUUCGUAUGGCUAUCAAGUGCAUGCAGCACUUUGAGUCAUUCGCUGGAAAGUCACGCGAUGAGAUUGCUGCUGAUGAGCUCUCGGCGGGUGUUAUCGGUGUGAAGGGCUCUGAGGUGAUCAUCUCCCCCAUGGGUGGUCCUAACGGCCUUGAGGCUACUGAAACCGACUGGAAGCGCCGUCGACCCAAGACUGAGUUCUGGAUCAACCUUCAAGAGGUUGUCAAUAUCCUUUCCGGACGGCCCACUGAAGGAGAUGGAGAGACUGGACAUCCCGGUGAGGGAUGGGGAUGUUAUGAGAGUACGUGA